CACAGAAAAUACGCCUUCGCUGGCUUCAGCCAACAUGGCCAUGGACCCCUUGGCCUUGGCGGGCGCGGGCCUCGCCAUCCAUGCGGGGCUGGAUGGCAUGGGUGUGGCCGGUGACGCCGGCAGCGCUGGCGCGAGUGCCGUGAAAGCGGAGAAGGUGGAUCCCUUCGGCGCGGUGCUCGCCGGCUUGAUCCACCACAUGGGCGAGGUGGCCGAGCGGCCGAAGCCCACGGUCUGGGGCGCCGAGCUGGACGAUCCGGAGCUCGGGCCGAAGAUCGCCUUGGCCGCCGAGGAGGCGAUGAAGAGCAUCAAGGCCGACUGGGGGCCAAUCUUCGUCUACGGGCCUAUGCUGCUGCCAGCGGUCUGGGGUGAGUUGAUUGGACGAGUCCCUGACAUGGCGGCGGCGAAGAUCUUCGGCUUCCUCCGGCGGGGCCUCACCUGUUCGCCCGAGGCGGCCCUCAUGGAGGAGCACGCGACCGGGCCACGUGAACCCAGCGAAGCAAGUGACCGCACUUGAUCCCACCGGCUUGAGGGCACUAGCCAAGCUGGUGAAGAGACGCGCCCCGAAUCACCUGAAUCGCCAUGCUGAAAGACUCCCCAAGGAACGGGGGGGUUCCUGGUG